UGGCGGUUUCUCCCACGCCGCUUCCUCAAGCUAUCCCGGGGGUUUCCUGGGUUCCUCCGGAUCUUGGGGGGAGGCCGUCGGAUGGCGGGGCAGGGGCGGGGUCAGGCCCCCGGGGGGUCUCCCCGCCCUUCGGGCUCAGCCAAGCGGAGGUGAAACCUGAACCCAGGUUGGGGGCGGAGCUGGCUCCUGCUCGGACGGGCCAGGCCUGCGCCUCCACCCACUUUCCCAGCACCCUGGCCGGCUUCUGGAAGAGUAAGGUCCAGGUCCCUAAGCCGCUGGAGCAGAGCCGGAGAUGGAGCCAGCAGCCUGGGGGCGCGCCCCGCCCUGAGCGCCCCCGCAGGCGGCCAUGCUGCCCCGAGGGCGCCCCCGGGCGCUGGGGGCCGCCGCGCUGUUGCUGGUGCUGAUUCUGAUCGGAUUCUUCCUGUUCGGCGGAGACCUGGAGUGCGAACGCCGUGAGCAGGGAGGCCCGGGAUCCUUCCCUUGCUCGCUAACGCCACGUGUCCCCCCAGACGGAGACCUGCCGGCGGACCACGGGGGCUGCAACCGCUCCGACUGCGUCCCGCUUCGGCCGCUGCCUCCCAAGUGCGAGCUUUUGCAUGUGGCAAUGGUGUGUGCGGGACAUAACACCAGCCGGGAUGUCAUCACCCUGGUAAAGUCCAUGCUCUUCUUCAGGAAAAACCCACUGCACCUCCACUUGGUGACUGAUGCAGUGGCCAGGAACAUCCUGGAGACACUUUUCCACACAUGGAUGGUUCCGGCUGUCCGGGUCAGCUUCUAUGAUGCGGAAGAGCUCAAGCCUCAGGUCUCCUGGAUCCCCAACAAGCACUACUCUGGCCUCUAUGGGCUAAUGAAGCUAGUGCUGCCCGGUGCCUUGCCUCCUGCCCUGGCCCGUGUUAUUGUCCUAGAUACGGAUGUCACCUUCGCCUCCGACAUUGCAGAACUCUGGGCACUCUUUGCUUAUUUUUCUGACGAGCAGGUGAUCGGUCUCGUGGAGAACCAGAGCGACUGGUACCUGGGCAACCUCUGGAGGAACCACAGGCCCUGGCCUGCCUUGGGCCGGGGAUUUAACACAGGUGUGAUCCUCCUGCGGCUGGACCGGCUUCGGCAGGCUGGCUGGGAGCAGAUGUGGAAGCUGACAGCUACGCAGGAGCUCCUCACGCUGCCUGCCACCUCGCUGGCCGACCAGGUCUGGAGAAGCCUUCUGGGGGGAGGGGGACAGGCUCAGGGCCAAGGUGAGAUGGCUGUCUCUGCCCAGGACAUCUUUAAUGCCAUAAUCAAGAGGCACCCCGGGCUGGUGCUUCCCCUGCCUUGCAUCUGGAAUGUGCAGCUGUCAGACCACACGCUGGCUGAGCGCUGCUACUCAGAGGCAGCUGACCUCAAAGUGAUCCACUGGAACUCACCGAAGAAGCUGCGUGUGAAGAACAAGCACGUGGAGUUCUUCCGCAACCUCCACCUGACCUUCCUGGAGUACAAUGGGAACCUGCUGCGGAGAGAGCUCUUUGGGUGCCCCAGCCCACCCCCACCUGAGGCUGAGCAGUUGCAGCGGGCCCUGGCACACCUCAGCGAGGAGGACACCUGCCUUGAGUUCCGUCAGCAGCAGCUCACUGUGCACCGUGUGCAUAUCACCUUCCUGCCCCAUGAGCCACCGCCCCCCCGGCCUCACGAUGUCACCCUUGUGGCCCAGCUCUCCAUGGACCGGCUGCAGAUGCUGGAAGCCCUGUGUAGGCACUGGCCGGGCCCCAUGAGCCUGGCCUUGUACCUGACAGACGCAGAGGCCCAACAGUUCCUGCAUUUCGUCGAGGCCUCGGCGGUGCUCUCUGCCCGGCAGGAUGUGGCCUACCACGUGGUGUACCGUGAGGGUUCCCUCUACCCUAUUAACCAGCUUCGCAACGUGGCCAUGGCCCAGGCCCUCACGCCUUAUGUCUUCCUCAGUGACAUUGACCUUCUGCCUUCCUACUCCCUCUACGACUACCUCAGGUGGGCGGGAGAGGAAGGUAUAUGGAUGGGUGUGGACAGGGUUGCGGGUACCUGCAGGGCCCUAGGGCCUCCAUUGAGCAGCUGGAGCUGGGCAGCGGGCGGAAGGCAGCUCUGGUGGUGCCAGCAUUCGAGACCCUGCACUACCACUUCAGCUUCCCCAACUCCAAGGCCGAACUGCUGGCCUUGCUGGAUGCUGGCUCUCUCUACACCUUCAGAUCUCACGAGUGGCCCCAGGGUUACGCGCCCACAGACUAUGCCCGAUGGCGGGAGGCUCAGGCCCCAUACCGUGUGCAAUGGGCAGCCGACUAUGAGCCCUACGUGGUGGUGCCACGUGACUGCCCCCGCUAUGAUCCCCGCUUUGUGGGCUUUGGCUGGAACAAGGUGGCCCACAUUGUGGAACUGGAUGCACAGGAGUAUGAGCUCCUGGUGCUGCCAGAGGCCUUCACCAUCCAUCUGCCACACACCCCAAGCCCCGACAUCUCCCGCUUCCGUUCCAGACCCACCUAUCGUGAUUGCCUGCAGAUCCUCAAGGAUGAGUUCCACCAGGACUUAUCCCGCCACUAUGGGGCUGCUGCCCUCAAAUACCUCACUGCCCUGCAGCAGCCUGAGGCACCCCAAGGCUGAGCCUGCAGGAGGCACCCCUGCCCUUUGCCUUGGCUCACACCCCACAGACCCUGGAGCAACCGUGCCACUUCUCCUGCUCUGUUAUUUAAAUUAUUUAAGGUCUCUGUGGGAAGGGCUGCAGUGGAGCAUCUGUGAGGUGGGGCCUACGGGCCUCCCUUUGCUGCUACUGUAUCUGAGGUCUAGUCUCCUUCUGCUCCAGCUGGUUUGGGGCUGGUUCUCCCAUCCUCAAUUAUAUAUCCUUUUUUAUAAUUAAAGUUUUAAAAGCUUUGUUGCA